UCUUUUUAUAAAGUCGACCCGCCCUCACCUAAUGUCAAGAACCCGCAGCAGGGGAGCGGCUCCUCAGAGAAACAAGCUCUAGAGAAGAGAAUACCCAUCGCCGUCUCCUCGCCGCCGCGUCCACCCGCAAAGAUCUUCGGCCAUGGCAAUGGCUUACAAGAUGGCGACGGAGGGGAUGAACGUGAAGGAGGAGUGCCAGCGCUGGUUCAUGGAGAUGAAGUGGAAGAAGGUGCACCGGUUCGUGGUGUACAAGAUCGACGAGCGGUCGCGCGCCGUGCUGGUGGACAAGGUCGGCGGCCCCGGGGAGGGGUACGAGGAGCUCGUCGCCGCGCUGCCCGGCGACGACUGCCGCUACGCCGUCUUCGACUUCGACUUCGUCACCGUCGACAACUGCCAGAAGAGCAAGAUAUUCUUCAUCGCCUGGUCACCGACCGCGUCGAGGAUCAGAGCCAAGAUCCUGUACGCGACGUCGAAGCAAGGGCUGCGACGGGUGCUGGACGGGGUCCACUACGAGGUGCAGGCCACGGACCCCUCCGAGAUGGGCUUCGACGUCAUCAGAGGCCGCGCGCAAUGAGGCUGCUCUACGGCCUACGACUACGUGCGUGCCAAACCUCUUUGUUCGGCUCGCUAAUGUGUGCUUGUCCUGUUAGUGCUCUGCUCACUGCUCUACCUAUGAUCGGCCCGGCCGGAUGCUAAUUUGCGUCGGCGACUUGGUGUGCUCUCGUAGCGUUGCUGCGAUUUCUGACGAGGGUUCGUGUGUGAUCUAGAGCCUGGCGUACUGUUUUGGUGUUUGGUGUUUGGAGAGCUGGAGGUGUGGUGUGGUGUGGUGUUGUAAUGGAGUAGAAGCAGAGGGAGUGGCGGCGGAUUGAUGAAACGUCCAUCUCUGUGACGUGGAAUUCCACUGAACAAUGCUCCAUUCGCUUCCUUUUUCUUCCUCUGAUACAAUAUUUUCGAUAAGGUGCUUCAGAUUUUA